AUGGGGCACAGCGACGUCCCCGCCGCGCUGAAGAAACCCAAACUCGACCCCGGCUCGGGCAUUCUCAGUCUGAAAGACGGCGUAUUCACGACGACCCAGGCCUCGUACCCUCUCAAACUGCUCAGCCCACACGCCGUCGGCGUGCGCCUAGCCUACAUGAUCGCGUACGGCGGCGGCCUCGUGGCGGGGGACCACAUCCACCUCGACGUGGACGUGGACGGCGUGCUCGUGCUCCUGACACAAGGCUCGACGAAAGUGUUCCGGCACCAGCCCGGGAUCCGGCGGCCUCAAAGUCAUUUGCUGCAUUCGAUCCACCACUCCCCCGAGACGGUGGGGAAGCUGGAGGGGGACGAGGCGCGCCCGCUGAACACUUACACUGGGGGCCGGUAUCCUGCCGAUUUGAGGGUUGACGAGCCCGAGGCCCCGACGAGUCGCCAACGCAUGCUCGUCAAAGUCGCCCCGGGGUCGACCGUCUUCCUCCUCCCCGACUCCAUCUCCCCCUUCAAGGACUCGCGCUACAUCCAGUCCCAGCGCUUCGUCCUCUCCCCCGGCGCAUCCUGUCUCGUGCUAGACUGGGUCAACUCGGGCCGAGGGCGCUUCGAGCCCGCCCCCGUCCUGAAGGACAAGAUCCACGUCAAGGACUACGUCCACGUGCCGACUGAGGCGGACGAGUGGUGGGCCAUGGACUACUAUGCGUCCAUUAACGAGGUCGUCAUUGGCGACAAGGUCGUGGCGAGGGAGAGGAUGGUGCUCCAGGACCAGCCCGGCAAUUCUAUCAAAGACCGCCUGCUGCCUUAUCACGUCUACGCGACCGUGCUCGUGUAUGGCCCCACGAUGGCCAAGACGAGAAAGCUCCUCGACGCGAUUGCGGAUAACGAGAGCCAGUUUCAGAUCCCCCGUCCCCCCGGGUUGAUCUGGAGCUGGAGCGUGCUCGAUGAACAUGGGGGUAUCAUUCGUCUUGCCGCCGUGCACGUCGAGGAUAUCUGCGACUGGCUCCGGAGCGUGCUCACUCAGGGCGGCAUGGCCGACGUCGUGGGCGAGGGACUGUGGCCCCGCUGUCUCUGA